AGGGUUUUGCUUUUCCUUCACCUCUGCUUCUCUUCGGGCCUCUCUUGCCCAAUCCACUCCCUCUCGCUGCUCCCCAAGAGAUCGGGGAGAUGGCCACCGGCAUCCCGUCUGCUCCGCCAGCUCCUCGUCUUCUUCCUCCAAACGCGGUCACUUUCCGAGACCUCAGCGGAUCGCUUGCCAUCGUCGGUUUUUCCAAUGCGCCCUUUGCCGGCGGCGUCUCUUAUCCAUUCGCUCACAGUAGUCGUCUGGCGAAGCAGUUGAGGUCAUCGCGUUCAACGGCUAUCCGGUGCUCGGCAACGCCCACCACCACGCACGAAGCCUCGGUAUCAAAGAAGAAAUCAACAACAAGAAGAGAUGUAAGGAAUAUAGCAAUUGUUGCUCAUGUUGAUCACGGGAAGACUACCUUGGUGGAUGCAAUGCUAAGGCAAGCUAAGGUCUUUCGUGAUAACCAAAUUGUACAAGAGAGAAUAAUGGACUCAAAUGAUCUAGAACGGGAAAGGGGAAUUACAAUACUUAGCAAAAAUACAUCAAUUUCCUACAAGGGUACUAAGAUAAACAUAAUUGACACUCCAGGACAUUCUGAUUUUGGCGGUGAAGUGGAACGGGUUCUGAACAUGGUUGAAGGCGUUCUUCUUGUGGUAGACUCAGUUGAGGGCCCUAUGCCACAAACAAGAUUUGUAUUGAAGAAAGCUUUAGCAUUUGGUCAUGCUGUUGUUGUAGUCGUGAAUAAGAUUGAUAGGCCCUCAGCUCGCCCAGACUUCGUGAUAAAUUCCACAUUUGAACUUUUUAUUGAAUUAAAUGCAACUGAUGAACAGUGUGACUUCCAAGUGAUUUAUGCAAGUGGCAUUAAGGGGAAGGCAGGAUUAUCUCCAGACAAUCUUGCUGAUGAUCUUGGGCCACUUUUUGAGGCUAUUCUUAGAUGCAUACCAGAGCCCAGUAUUAACAGAGCUGGUCCAAUGCAAAUGCUUGUCAGUGCUGAUUUUCUACUUUAUUUGAACCCUGUUAUUUCUACUUAUGCAUAUGCCCCAAGUAAAUCUAUCUUCCAACAUGGAGCAAACAUCGCGUCCCUUGCAGUGGUUCUUGAUACACCAUUAAGCUACAGUCUGGAUGACUGUAUCGAAUACAUCCAAGAAGACGAAUUGGUCGAGGUGACUCCCUUGAGUAUCCGCAUGUGCAAAAACCCAAAGCUUGCUAAGAAAAGGUGAAGGAUCAGGCAGCCGUGCUGUCAAUUCGUCAGAUACUUCUAUGGAUAGCCCAAGGGCAAAGCUUAGCUAGGCAAAUGCACCUCGUCCUAUUGCAACAUACACAAGACCAAUACAAUUUUACACCACCACAAGGCAAUCUUACAUUUAUAUUCUUAGAUUUAUAAAUGACUUCGGAACAUGAUUUUUAUUCGGAGAGAUCUUCCAAGCAAAGCAUACAUCUUUUGCACCUCAAAACUUGAUGUAAAAAAUCCCGGCACAUGGAAUUUUCUUGACACUGAAUGCAAGAAAGCACGAUAUGAAUCUUGUUGGAUGGAA